UGACAGUUUUUUCAGUGCUGCAGGUGCUGCUCGAGAAAUUCAGAACUGCAAGAUGAAAGCUGAACAAGCUAUGAAAACAGAAUUUGUAAGAAUAGCAGAAAAUUUAAGAGCUCAGCUUGCAAAUAUACAGAAGGACAAAAAUGGAUAUCUUUACAAUAGGAAGAGUGAUUCCAGAGCAGAAUACAGUAUUCUAGAAGAACUGGAACAUAAAAUGUCUGUCAAUCGGAAAGCUGAAAAAACUAAAAUCCUGCAGCAGCUAGCAAAAAUACAUAAUAAUGUGAAGAGACUUCAGCAACAAUUAGAAGAUGUGAAACCUACAUCAGAAUUUGUUGACAAGCUCAAGGAAAUGUUGGAAGAAACUGAAAAUGCAGUCAAUACUUUUAAAGAUGAACAGAGACAAAUAUAUGAACAGCUUUUGAAGGAUGAAAAAACUGCAGUUAAUGAGCUCAGCAUCUUUGAGAAAAAAGUGGAACUGUGGGCAACAAGCAGCUCAACAACAGAAAAAGUUUUGAAGUUACCAUCAGCUAGGAUCUCAGUUAAUAAAACACUGGGAAAUCAUCUUCCUGAAGAAGUUAUAGAGUUUGAAAGAUUUCUGCAGCAAACAGGGGGGAGGCAAGGAGGUUGGGAUGAUGGUGAUCAUCAGAAUUUUCUUAAAGUAUGGACUAAACACAGAGGAAGGCUGUCCUACGUGGAUGAAGCCCUUGAGUAUCUCCAUGGAAGAACAAAAGAAGAUGUUGAACAACAUGGCAUAUGGUAUCGAGAAUUUCUCAUUUUACAAGACAGAAAAAAAGAGUCAAUUAAGAAAUGGAAAGAAAAACAGCAGAGAGAAAAAGAAGAAAAUUUGAAGAAGAAAGAGAAAUCAGAAAUUGUUCAAAGGCUUCAGUAUGAAGAUCAGAUGAAAACAGAAGAAAGAAGACAACAACAACAGGCAGCAAUUUCAGCAUGGAAAAAACAGAAAGCAAUAACAUCUGCAGUGGAACAAGCACCGCAAGUCAAACUAGAGGAGAAGGAGAAAAAGAAACUAAAAGAAUGCCAGCACCAAUGUCAUCUGAAGUUACUGGUGGAAAGGAGUACUUUGCAGAAGAAAGAGAAGCUUGAAAAGGAGAAGAGAGAGCUGAAAAGGAGAAGAACUGCUGCAGAAGAAAUUACUGAAUUUGAAGAGUGAGUGCAUAAUUAGCUCCCCAUUUAUGCAUACAGUUAUGUUAAAUUUACCAAUUUCCUUGUAUAAUUCAAUCUGCUAAACAUUUUUACACUUUUUUUUUUUAAUCCCCAAUGCUCUAGUUCUACUCACUUAAAUCUGUUUUUAAUUUGGUAGGAAUAACCAAUGUCUAGCAACACCCAGUACAGAAACUUUGUUCUGGACAAAGAUAUUCUUUUUCUCAAUAUUUAGGUUCUGUCUGUAGGAUUAUUGAAGUCUGUGCUUCUAAAUACAGAGACGAUUUUGUUUAAUUCAGUCUGUUUGGGAAAAAUGUCUGAGUCAACUUUUUUUUUUUUUCAUGGAGAGCAAGAGACCCAAUUGUUAUAUACAGACAUCAUAAAAAUAAAUAUUUGAAGAUCCAGCUGCUUUCAGAAGCUGUAGUAUCUAGUUAUGUCUCAUCUCAUUGUGAAUCUAUUACUUGAGAACUGAUAUUACUGUCCAUGUUCACACUAAAUUUCAUUCAUAGACUGAACCGCUGUGAUUUUUCAAUACUGUGUAAUUGCACAGUUUGAACAAGAAGCUGCAUCAAGUAGCUAUCUAAUGUGAAUUUAUUCUGCACCAGGACAAAAGAAGGUCAAAGCAAAAGCUGACAAAUUGCUGCAUACGUACAUGUUUUGGUACCAUUUGUUUUCAUUCAAAAUAUGUAUAAGGGAAUUAGCUUAUCCUCUUUCAUCUGUUUCAGGAUCCACGUAAACUUAAGCUACAAACUCUGUAGCAGCAAGGUAAAGGAGCAGAGAAGCAGGAAAAAAAAAAGGAGAUUGGCCAAAUUAAGAGACAAGGUGAUAUACCCUCCUUUUGUGUUUUAAUCUGAGGUGCGUGUCAACUUGGUUACUUGAACAACUUACUCUUUUUUGCUCUAAAAAAGCAGCUUUUAACCUUUCUAAUGGGUUGACGAAGGAAAAAAAUCUGAAAUGGUAAGCCACGGCUCUUACCAGAAAACAACAAUCUAGCAGGCACACCCGUUCCUGUGUUUAAAAACAAAAAGGAGGCUUUAC